AAUGCGGUCCAUUACAAAAAUGAUAAAACCUGUGAAGAUGGAUAAUCAGCAUCCAUUCUCGAAUACGAUAUCGGAAAGCACACACGUUUCAGUUACAAUCCUUAAUUUACUAUGGCAUCUAAUUGUGGUGAUAUGACUAUACCCGAACUUAAGAAGGAGUUAGAAAAGUUUGGAGCAAAGAAAUCAGGAAGGAAGUGGGAACUUGUGGAGAGACUUGAAGCCUACAGAAGAAAUGCACAUUGCGCUAAGACCGAUGUUUAUGGACCUGAAUUUAUGAUGAUGACGCCAGAUCCACAACUCUACAAGGACCUUCAUGGUGACAAGACCUUUCCAGGUUGCACAGAGGCAGAAAUUUCCACUUUCUUGUCGAAGUUUAAUAAGACAACUGAUAAGAAAGGAAGGGAUAUGUACAACGAUGGGUUUAUCCAGUAUGUGAGGGUGACAUUUCAUGAUUCAAAUUGGUUCGUUAGAAGUAGUGUAAAAGCUUCAAUGAUGAAGUCUGUGAAAUAUGUUGUUGACAUUAUGAUAGGAAAAGACAGAAGUGUUAUAGAGUCUCAAUGUGAAUGUGCGGCAGGUAUGGGACCCGAUGCACAUUGCAAGCAUGUCUGUGCUGUACUUUUUUCAUGUGCAGAUUUUGUUAAGCAUGGGACAUACAAAACAGAACUCACCUGCACACACAGAGGUUACAAACUUUUCAUCGUGCUAAGCCCCAUAAAGGAAGCCCUAUGA